AUGGUACAAAAUAAACCAAAAGUUUAUGUAAUUGGAGUUGGUAUGACUUCUUUUGUUAAACCACAAUCAAGACCUGAUUGGGAUUAUCCAGAUAUGGUUAAAGAAGCAGUUACUGAAGCAUUAGAUGAUGCUAAACUUAAGUAUUCAGAUAUUGAACAGGCAACAGUAUCAUGGAUCUAUGGUAAUACAUGUUCUGGACAACGAGCACUUUAUGAAAUUGGUAUAACUGGAAUUCCAAUAUAUAAUGUAAAUAAUGCCUGUGCUUCUGGAUCAACAGGAGUAUUUUUAUGUAAACAAAUAUUAGAAUCAGGUAAUGCUGAUUGUGUUCUUGCUGUUGGAUUUGAAAAAAUGGCACCAGGAAGUUUAGAAUCAAUGGCAGGAAAUUUGAAUGAUCGUGCCCAACCAAUUGAAAAGCACAUAGGUGUUAUGUCAGAAACUUAUGGAUUAUUCCCAGCACCAAUAACUUGUCAAAUGUUUGGUAAUGCUGGUAAAGAACAUAUGGAAAAAUAUGGUACUAAACGUGAACAUUUUGCUAAGAUUGCUUAUAAAAAUCAUUUACAUUCUGUUAACAAUCCAAAAUCACAAUUUAGAAAAGAAUUCACAUUGGAUCAAGUAAUAAAUGCAAGAAAAAUUUAUGAUUUUGUUGGUCUUCUUGAAUGUUCUCCAACAUCUGAUGGUUCUGCUGCCAUAGUUAUGUGUAGUGAAGCAUUCCUUAAUAAACAUCCAUACUUAAAAAGCCAAGCUGUUGAAGUUGUUGGUAUGGAACUUGGUACAGAUGAGCCAUCAGUAUUUAGUGAAAAUUCAAAUAUUAAAAUGAUUGGUUUUGAUAUGAUACAAAAAAUAUCACAAAGACUUUACAAAAAAACAGGUAUAACACCUAAUGAUGUUCAAGUUAUUGAACUCCAUGAUUGUUUUGCUCCUAAUGAACUUAUUACAUAUGAAGCUAUUGGUCUUUGUCCAAUUGGUAAAGGUGGUGAAAUAGUUGAUAAAAAUGACAAUACAUAUGGUGGAAAAUGGGUUAUUAAUCCUUCAGGUGGAUUAAUUUCUAAAGGUCAUCCAAUUGGUGCAACUGGUGUUGCUCAAGUUGUUGAAUUAUCAAAUCAACUUAGAGGAAGAUGUGGCAAACGUCAAGUUCCAAACUGUAGAAUUGCAAUGCAACAUAACAUUGGUAUUGGAGGUGCUGGUGUUGUAGCUUUGUAUCGUCUUGCAAAUGGAAAUACACAAAAUAAUCCAAUAAUGAUUAAUAAUCAAUCAGGAACUCUUCGUACAGAUGCACUUUUUAAAGAAAUUAAAGAAAGAGCUGCUGAAGAACCAGAUAUUGUUAAGAAAGUUAAUGCUUCAUUUAGAAUAAAUGUUGUUGGUGAAAAUGGCGUAACAAAGAAAUGGACUAUUGACUUGAAACAAUCUCCACCAUUUGUUGGUGUUAAUGAAAGUAAAGUUGACUGUGAAGUAACAAUUAAAGAUAAUGAUUUAGUUACACUUGCAAGUGGUAAACUUACUCCAGACCAAGCUUUUAUGCAAGGAAAAAUGAAAAUUAAAGGAAAUAUGGCAAAAGCUUUGAAAUUAAAAACUGUUCUUGAUCCUAAAAAACUUAAAGCAAAACUCUAA